CCCGAGCGGUGGAGGCGGCGGCGGCUGCGGAGGCCGCGGCACCGGCACCGGGAGCGGCAGCGGCGGUAGCGGCAGCUACGGCCGCACUGAGGAGGGGAGCUUCGAACCCCGGCGCCUGGCCGGCGGCACCGCCUCCCCGACCUACAAUGCCUUGCUGAGCCAGCCUAGCAAUUGAGUGGAGCCAGGCAGACAGCAUCCAUGGAUGGGCCCCUGGCAGGCGGCCUGGCCGCCCCAGAUCGUCCUCGUGGCCCUGAGAGACUGCCUGGCCCAGCACCGAGGGAAGACAUCGAAGGUGGGGCCGAGGCUGCUGAAGGGGAAGGUGGCAUCUUCCGGUCCACCCAUUACCUGCCUGUCACCAAGGAGGGACCCCAAGACAUUCUGGAUGGCAGAGGUGGCAUUUCUGACGGGCAGCCCCAUCCCGGCCUCAGCGAAGCCCUCCCCCGUGCCACCUCCGCCACCCAUCGGAUCAGCAGCUGUUGCUGGGAUGGAGGCAGCCUGGACUUCCAGCCGGGCUCCCCACCACCCCACCUCCUGGGCCACUUCCCUGGCCCCCCUGAUGGCCAGGGGACCUGGGAGCACCCCCUGGUCCAGGAAGCCAGGGAGGGCAUCCCAUCUGAGCGGAGGUUCGAGGACUCGGUCAUUGUGAGAACUCUGAAGCCCCACAUUGAGCUUGAGGGAUCUAGAAGGUUCUUGCACCAUCAGGGUGAAACGAAGCUCUUGGAGAAGGUCCCCCGGGGCCACCCCAGGUUCGACUGGCUCCGAGACACAGAUGAGCAGGCCCCACCCCAGGAUGCAGAGCUGCACCUGGACCUGCCGCCCCAGCCCCUGCCCCUCACCUCCUUCAGGACAGUGCUUGUCCCGGUGGAAGAUACCACUAAGACGUUAGAUGUGACGGUGGUGGACACCAGAGAGCACCUGGCAGACCUCGAAGGGCUGGCUCAGCCGUCGGAGUGGGGCCUGCCCAGGUCGGCCUCGGAGGUGGCCACGCAGACCUGGACGGUGAACUCAGAGGCAUCUGUGGAGCGGCUGCAGCCACUGCUGCCCCCGAUCCGGACGGGGCCCUACCUGUGUGAGCUGCUGGAGGAGGUGGCCAAGGGGGUGGCCAGCCCAGAUGAGGACGAAGACGAGGAGCCGGCCGUGUUCCCGUGCAUCGAGUGCAGCAUCUACUUCAAGCAGAAGGAGCACCUUCUGGAGCACAUGAGCCAGCACCGCCGAGCCCCGGGCCAGGAGCCCCCUGCUGACUUGGCCCUACCACUGGCCUGCGGAGAGUGCGGCUGGGCCUUCGCCGACCCCGGUGCCCUGGAGCAGCACCGGCAGUUGCACCAGGCAUCCCGGGAGAAGAUCAUCGAAGAGAUCCAGAAACUGAAGCAGGUCCCCCCAGGCGACGAGGGCCGGGAGGCACGGCUGCAGUGCCCCAAGUGCAUCUUUGGCACCAAUUCCUCCAAGGCCUUUGUGCAGCAUGCCAAACUGCACGUGCGCGAGCCUCCCGGCCAACCUGCCAGGAAACCCUUCGGGAGCGGCAGCGGGGCUGGCAGCCCAGGCCCUGAUGCCACCACCCUCACCUACCGAUCCUACCGAGCCUCCUCAGGGCUCAGGGGCUGCGUUUUCUGUGGCUUCCCCGCGCCCAGUGAGAGCCUGCUCAGGGAGCACAUGAGGCUUGCGCAUGCCCAGCCCCACUGGGAGGACGAUGCUGAGGCUUUUGAGGAGGACCCUGCCAGCCAGCCGGGCACCAGCCAGGAUGCAUAUGCCCGCUUCCCUGAUGCUGCUGAGGACUACUUUGGUAAAGCUGAACCGCUCUUGGCCCCCUCGUGGCAGGAGAACCCCGCUGGAUAUGACCCCAGCCUGGCCUUUGGCCCAGGCUGCCAACAGCUGGGCAUGAGGGAUUUCCCACUGUCAAAGCCCCUUCUGCACGGCUCAGACCAGAGGCUCCCCGGAAGGCCAGCCUUUCCCUCACCUCUAGCCUCCGCCCCCUACUCCUUACAGCCCAGUAGAAACAAGAGCGUGGUCCCCCCACAGGGGCUCCCGGCCCAGCUGGGGGACCGGAGACACCCUUGGAGUGAAGAGGAGGAAGACAUACCACUGGCCUCGGAAAUGGACUUUUCCCCCGAAAAUGGGGUUUUUCCACCCCUAGCUGCCCCCAGCCUCAUCCCGCAGCUGGCCCUGGACCUGAAGCGGACCUUCCGGAAAGCUCUGAGGGCAGCCGAGGCCUCACGGGCACAGCAGCAGCAGCUCCGAGGGAUGGUGCCCCUUGUGCUGGUGGCAAAGCUGGGGCCACAGGUCAUGGCUGCGGUGACCAGGGUGCCCCCAAGGCUGCAGCCUGAGGAGCUGGGGCUGGGGGGCGCCCAUCCCCUGGACUUCUUGCUCCUGGAGGCGCCGCUGGGCGGCCCGCUGGGGCUGGACGCCCUCCUGGAUGAGGACCCAGCAGUGGCACUAAAGCACGAGGAGCGCAAGUGUCCCUACUGCCCCGAUCGCUUCCACAACGGCAUCGGCUUGGCCAACCAUGUCCGGGGCCACCUGAACCGCGUGGGCGUCAGCUACAAUGUGCGACACUUCAUCUCUGCCGAGGAGGUGAAGGCCAUUGAGCGCAGGUUCUCCUUCCAGAAGAAGAAGAAAAAAGUGGCUAACUUUGACCCAGGCACCUUUAGCCUGAUGCGCUGUGACUUCUGUGGGGCUGGUUUCGACACCCGGGCCGGCCUCUCCAGCCACGCCCGGGCCCACCUACGUGACUUCGGCAUCACUAACUGGGAGCUCACCGUGUCGCCCAUCAACAUCCUGCAAGAGCUGCUGGCCACCUCCGCUGCUGAGCGGCCCCCCAGCCCCCUGGGCUGUGAACCUGGGGGGUCACCUAGCGGCUUCUUGACCUCGCGUCGGCCCCGCUUACCUCUAGCAGUGCCCUUUCCACCCACCUGGGCUGAGGACCCCGGGCCAGCCUACGGAGAUGGCCUGGGUUCUGAGGAAAACACAAUGGUGGCCAUGGACUUGGGCUCCCCCCCGCUCCCCAAGAAGAGCCUGCCUGUCCCUGGGCCCUUGGAGCAGGUGGCCAAUCGGCUGAGUAGCAAAGUGGCUGCAGAGGUUCCUCAUGGCAGCAAGCAGGAGCUGCCAGAUCUCAAGGCCCAGAGCCUGACCACCUGCGAGGUCUGCGGUGCCUGCUUUGAGACACGCAAGGGCCUGUCCAGCCACGCACGCUCCCACCUGCGGCAGCUGGGGGUGGCCGAGUCGGAGAGCAGCGGUGCCCCCAUUGACCUCCUCUACGAGCUCGUGAAGCAGAAGGGCCUGCCCGACACACCCCUUGGGCUGCCCCCGGGCCUGUCUAAGAAGUCCAACUCACCGAAGGAGGUGGUCGCUGGGGCCCCCCGGCCUGGCCUGCUUGCCUUGGCCAAGCCCUUGGAUGCCCCUGCUGUCAACAAGGCCAUCAAGUCACCUCCUGGCUUCUCGACCAAGGGCUUGGCCCAUCCGCCCAGCUCCCCACUCCUCAAGAAGGCACCACUGGCCCUGGCGGGCUCCCCUACCCCCAAGAAUCCUGAGGACAAGAGCCCCCAGCUGUCCCUGAGCCCCCGGCCAGCCUCCCCAAAGGCACAGUGGCCCCAGUCUGAGGACGAAGGGCCCCUGAACCUCACUUUAGAUAGUGACGGGGGCAGAGAGCUGGACUGCCAGCUGUGCGGUGCCUGGUUUGAGACCCGCAAGGGCCUGUCCAGCCACGCCCGUGCCCACCUGCGCCACCUGGGCGUCAGCGACCCGGACGCCAAGGGAUCCCCCAUAGACGUGCUCCACGGGCUCAUCAGGAGGGACGGCGUCCAGAUCCGCCUCCCACCCGGGCGCGGCACCCUGGCCCAGCUGGGGCGGCCUCCUCCCACCUCUACGGCCCUCUCCUUGCUCCCCCCCCCACCGCCGGCCAAGAAGGCCAAGCUGAAGGCCGCGGGUACGGCCAGCCCCUGGGGGAAGCAGGACCUCUCGGCCGCCGCAGCCGCCGGCAUUUUCUGGGCCUCUGAUGUGGAGCCGUCUCCUCUCAACCUCUCCUCGGGCCCAGAGCCAGCUCGAGACAUCCGCUGUGAGUUCUGUGGUGAGUUCUUCGAGAACCGCAAGGGCCUAUCAAGUCACGCACGCUCGCACCUGCGGCAGAUGGGCGUGACCGAGUGGUAUGUCAACGGCUCACCCAUUGACACACUACGGGAGAUCCUCAAGAGACGGACCCAGUCCCGGCCUGGCGGCCCCGCUAACCCACCAGGGCCAAGCCCAAAAGCCCUGGCCAAGGUGGUGGGCAGCGGAGGUCCUGGCAGCUCGCUGGAAGCCCGCAGCCCUGCAGACCUUCACCUCUCACCCCUGGCCAAGAAGUUGCCACCGCCACCAGGCAGCCCCCUGGGCCACUCACCAACUGCCUCUCCUCCUCCCACGGCCCGGAAGAUGUUUCCAGGCCUGGCCGCACCCUCCCUGCCCAAGAAGCUGAAGCCUGAACAAAUGCGGGUGGAGAUCAAACGGGAGAUGCUGCCAGGGGCCCUUCAUGGGGAGCCACACCCAUCCGAGGGUCCCUGGGCGGCGCCACGGGAAGACAUGGCCCCCCUGAACCUGUCGUCCCGGGCAGAGCCUGUGCGUGACAUCCGCUGUGAGUUCUGCGGUGAGUUCUUCGAGAACCGCAAGGGCCUGUCGAGCCACGCGCGCUCCCACCUGCGGCAGAUGGGCGUGACCGAGUGGUCUGUCAAUGGCUCGCCCAUCGACACGCUGCGGGAGAUCCUCAAGAAGAAGUCCAAACCGUGCCUCAUCAAGAAAGAGCCGCCAGCCGGAGACCUGGCCCCUGCCUUGGCUGAGGAUGGGCCUCCCACGGCUGCUCCUGGGCCUGUGCAGGCACCCCUGCCACUGGCGCCAAUGGCAGGCCGCCCAGGCAAACCAGGAGCUGGGCCCGCCCAGGUUCCUCGAGAGCUCAGCCUGGCGCCCAUCACCGGUGCCAAGCCUGCAGCCACUGGCUACCUGGGCUCAGUGGCAGCCAAGCGGCCCCUGCAGGAGGACCGCCUCCUCCCAGCAGAGGUUAAGGCCAAGACCUACAUCCAGACCGAACUGCCCUUCAAGGCAAAGACCCUUCACGAGAAGACCUCCCACUCCUCCACUGAGGCCUGCUGUGAGCUGUGUGGCCUUUACUUCGAAAACCGCAAGGCCCUGGCCAGCCACGCGCGGGCGCACCUGCGGCAAUUUGGCGUGACCGAGUGGUGUGUGAACGGCUCACCCAUUGAGACACUGAGCGAGUGGAUCAAGCACCGGCCCCAGAAGGUGGGGGCCUACCGCAGCUACAUCCAGGGCGGCCGCCCUUUCACCAAGAAGUUCCGCAGCGCCGGGCAUGGCCGUGACAGCGACAAGCGGCCGCCCCUAGGGCUGGCACCUGGGGGCCUGGCUGUGGUGGGCCGCAGUGCUGGGGGUGAGCCAGGGCCUGAGGCUGGCCGGGCAGCUGACAGUGGUGAGCGGCCUCUGGCAGCCAGCCCGCCAGGCACUGUGAAGGCCGAGGAGCACCAGCGGCAGAACAUCAACAAAUUUGAGCGCCGACAAGCCCGCCCUCCAGACGCCUCUGCGGUCCGGGGGGGAGAAGAGGCCAAUGAUCUACAGCAGAAGCUGGAAGAGGUGCGGCAGCCCCCGCCCCGGGUCCGGCCAGUCCCCUCCCUGGUACCCCGGCCCCCCCAGACAUCACUGGUCAAAUUUGUUGGCAACAUCUACACUCUCAAGUGCAGGUUCUGUGAGGUGGAAUUCCAGGGGCCCCUCUCUAUCCAGGAGGAGUGGGUGCGGCACUUACAGCGGCACAUCCUGGAGAUGAAUUUCUCCAAAGCGGACCCCCCGCCUGAGGAGCCCCGGGCCCUGCAGGCACAGACAGCGGCGGCAGACGCGCCCUAACACAGAAGCAUUCCAAAUUCCCUCUUGUGCCACCUCCGUCUCCUCUUUCUCCUCCGUCUCUUCCACCCUCUCCUCCCUCUUUCUUUUCCGUUUCCAAAGGAGCAAGCCAAAACCUCAAACCGGUACCCCUUGGGGGCCGGGCACACUACAGCCGGGGCGCCAGGAGCCAGCUAGCGGCCCUUCCCCCAGCCCGAGGGCUCUGGGGCCACACACAGCGCAUCUUCCUUCAGCCCGUGCCCACCUGGUCGAGCAGGGGGAGAGGCCAGGUCUCUUGUGGUGGCAGCUGAUCUGGUCAAGGGGAGGAAGGCCAGCGCUCCCCCCGCAUCUAGCAGCCAGGCAGGGCUAUGUUUGCCAUCCGUGGCCAUUUGCAAAGACCCCAAAGACCCCUGUCUUGGUUCCCUCUUGCCCCUGUGAAUAUCCUCUCACACAUGCACACACACAGACACGCACACACAGACAUGCACACACACACACACACACACACACACCGGCACACACAUACACACAUGCAUACAUGCACCUCGUGAGACCCAGGAUCUGCCCCAGCCCCCCAGUUCCUGAGUCAAACGACCACAUCAUGCCACGGUGCUUGCUCAGGGGAAGGCACGCUCCCUCUGAGGGCCUGCUGGGGCCUGGGAGCCCCCCACUGAGCCCAUGAUGCCACGGAAAUCCUUAUUGGCCGCCCCCCCAACCAGAGGGGCCUUCCUAGCCUGGAAGAGCUCAGAGCUGACAGCUGCCUCCUGCCAUGUCAAGGCCCCCCCAGAGCCUUGGGGGACUCCGGGGCCCAGGAGGGGGUGGGGAUGGGACUCUCCUCCCCCACCCCCACUCCCCUCCCUCUUUUCACUGUUGCUUUCUAUGUAUAGCUCCCUAGACCUUUCACUUUUUUAAAAACGCGUUUUGUGUAGAGAAUAAGGAACGUGGAUCUUUUUAUUUUGCAAUCCUGGGCCAGCUAGAGACCGGGAGCUGAUUGACCUUUUAACUUUUUUCAGUGGCCACAUUUUGGUUAUCGAUGUACCUAGAAGUAUGUAAAUUAGAUUAAAUUUCUCUUCUGGAAACACCCUGGGGCAGGCGGCCAGCGUGUGUUUCUCUGUCGAGUGGACAGGCUGGCAUUGCCUGGCAGCCGGGGCUGGGAUCGAGCCGCCUCCUCCCAGAGCCCCCGGAGGCCCUGGGUUUUCCUGUUGGCUGCCAAGCUGACCGGACCCAGCUGGGGAUGAGCCCAAGUCCCCAGCUGUUGGCCCUCAAUGGCAUGGUUUGUGGGGGGCUCUGGCUGGCUGGUUAGCUGGCUGGCUGGCGAAGCAGCUCCCGUGAGCAGUGGAGAGGAACCAAGGCUCUGGGCAGCUGGUCUAGGAAGGGAGCCAGGAUGAAGUGAUGAAGCUGGAAGGGCUCUCCAAGGGCAGGAGCUGUCCAGUGAGGGUGUGGGGGACCUGCGGGGGGGGAGGGGCGGAGGGCACACAGUUGCUGGCAGCCUUCAGAGAACUGGGGCCAGCGUGCCUUCAAGACAUGUGACUUGUCUGGAGACACGGGCACCCUGAACCUGAAUCACACGAGGGGAAAAGGGAGCUGCCGGUUCCUUUGUGAUGUUAUUUAUUUUCUCACUCUGCAAAUGUUUAUUGAACAUUUCUGAGAUUUUAAGAGAUUUUGUUGGCUGCU